AUGGCAAUCAACAUACUUGCUGGAUUGGCCUUCUUUUUCUUUACCAUAUUCCAAUGCACACCCAUCAACCACUUUUGGAACCGCCUGGAUCAGGACUAUGGCAAAUGUGUUGACAUUGAGAUCCUCACUGACAUUGCAUAUCUAUGCAGUGCUGUUGCAGCCCUUACGGACUUCAUCAUUGGCCUGCUUCCAGCAUUCAUAAUAUGGAACUUGCACAUGCCACGGCGAAAUAAGAUUGCUGCGGGAAUGAUCUUGAGUCUGGGCUGCAUAGCAGGUGUCGCUGUCAUCGUUCGCUUCCCCUACCUCAAAUACUACGCUGACAAGCAAUUCCUCUAUAAAACCGCCUACAUCGCCAUCUGGUCGAACAUUGAAGCUGGUCUGGGCAUCACUGCUGGCUCUCUGCCAACAUUACGCCCCCUGAUUCGAUUCUUCCGUGAAGCCACACAGGGUUCUUACAGCCGCAACCCAGGCUCAUUCCCACUAUCAACUACCCUGGGGAAUAAUACACCACUCCAGCAGUCCAAGAUGGCACAGGAGAGUGCGCAGCAGCUCUGGUCCGGGGGCAAGGAUGUUGAGGCACAUGGGACGCACACGGUGGUGCUAGGUAAUGGACGGGUUGCAACUGCAGCGGCGAGUGAGGAGGACUUGAGUACGGUGAUGGGGAGUCGGGAUUUGGGGUGGAUGCGAAAGGAGUGA